GGUCCGAAAAUUUCGUAAUGCUUUAGCUGGAGCGAAAGCGGAAUCUAUUGAUGUUCGAAUUGCUGACUUUGAUGGUGUGCUAUUUCACAUUUCAAAUGUUAAUGGCGAUAAGACUAAAGUUAGGACAAGCAUUUCGCUAAAGUUCUACAAGCAAUUACAAGAGCAUGGUGCUGACGAAUUGCUGAAGCGUGAAUAUGGCGGCUUAUUAACAGAAACUGAAGAUGGUUACAACGUUUCAGUACUUAUUGACCUAGAAAAUAUACCUGCUGACUGGGAGGCAGUUGCUAAAAAAAUUGGUCUGUUGAAGCGUAAUUGCUUUGCAUCUGUUUUCGAAAAAUAUUUCGAUUUUCAAGAACAGGGUGAAGAGGGCCAAAAGCGUGCUGUAAUUAAUUACCGAAACGACGAAACUCUUUAUGUUGAGGCAAAGUCUGAUCGUGUAACUGUCGUAUUUAGUACGAUUUUUUGUGAUGAGGACGACGUGAUUAUUGGUAAAGUGUUCAUGCAGGAAUUGAGAGAAGGUCGCCGUGCAUCACAUACAGCUCCACAAGUAUUGUUCUCACAUCGUGAACCACCGUUGGAAUUGGCAAAAACGGAUGCAAGAGUUGGCGAUAACAUUGGAUACGUUACUUUCGUGUUGUUCCCUCGACAUACUAAUAAGGAAACCAGGGAUAACACCAUUAAUCUAAUACACAUGUUCCGAGAUUAUUUACAUUAUCAUAUUAAGUGUUCAAAAGCGUACAUUCAUUCUAGAAUGCGCGCAAAAACGUCCGACUUCCUGAAAGUGCUUAAUCGUGCUAGACCGCAGACUAAGAAUACGGAAAAGAAAACAAUUACGGGGAGAACAUUUAUUCGCAAGGAAUGAUUUACCGAAAAUGUCUAGUUGUUUUAUAUUUAUAUAAUAAUUAUAACUUCAUGAAAGAAGUUGUAUUAAAAGCCGUGAAAUUAAAAAAAAAACAUAAUAAAUGAAUUUUGCGCGAUUUAAAACAUGACAGGAAUAUAUUCUGUCGGCAUAUAUAAAACAAAAAAUGCUAAGGGUAUUAAAAACUAAAGGUUAAAUUAAUCAACUAAAACACCACAAUACAAGAAAUAAUUCCUCGAUACAUAAUAGGAUUAAUAAUUUGGUAAAAGCCCUAAUGAAAUUAAACUAAAUAUGUACAAUUAAGUUCCAAACCGGAGUAAACGUGUUAUGUAAUGACGCUGUAUAAAAGCGGAAUAAGUAAAAAAUAAUUAAACAGAAAUUAAAUUUGAAAAUACAUACUAGAUAAUGUGAACUAUGAAAUAACACAGCUUCGUCAGUAUGCAACGCUGCCGAUUAAAGAAUUUGAUAUAGAAUCCAAAAAUAAUAAAACAA